UAAUAUCCUUUUCACAAGAGUCAUCAUGAACUCUCUGAACCAACAGUAUGAGGAGAAGGUGCGUCCCUGCAUUGACCUCAUCGACUCUCUUCGCUCUCUGGGUGUAGAUGACGACUUGUCGCUGCCAGCUAUCGCCGUAAUUGGAGACCAAAGUUCGGGGAAGAGCUCCGUGUUGGAGGCGCUGUCAGGGGUGGCUCUGCCAAGAGGAAGUGGCAUUGUGACAAGAUGUCCUCUCGAACUGAAGAUGAAGAGAAAGAAAGAAGGAGAGGAGUGGUACGGAAAGAUAAGCUACCAGGACUGGGUGGAAGAGAUAGAUGACCCUGCUGAUGUGGAGAUAAAAAUUCGAGAAGCUCAGGAUGAAAUGGCCGGGGAAGGGGCGGGGAUCAGUGAGGAGCUCAUCAGUCUGGAGAUCGCCUCUCCUGAUGUUCCAGACCUGACGCUCAUUGACCUUCCCGGCAUCGCCAGGGUGGCUGUAAAGGGACAACCAGAGAACAUUGGAGACCAGAUAAAGAGACUGAUCCAGAAGUUCAUCAAAAGACAAGAAACCAUCAGCUUGGUGGUUGUUCCAUGCAACGUGGACAUAGCAACCACAGAGGCUUUGAAGAUGGCACAGGAGGUGGAUCCUGGUGGGGAGAGGACUCUGGGUAUCUUGACCAAGCCCGACCUGGUGGACAAAGGCACAGAAGAGACAGUGGUUGCAACUGUCCAUAAUGAGGUCAUCCCCCUGACGAAGGGCUACAUGAUUGUCCGGUGCAGGGGUCAGAAGGACAUCACGGACAAGCUGUCCCUGACUGAAGCAAUAGAAAGAGAGAAAGCCUUCUUUAAAAAUCAUGUGCAAUUCCAGAUCCUCUACGAUGAAGGCUAUGCCACUGUUCCUAAACUGGCAGAAAACCUCACCUUUGAGCUGGUGCAUCAUAUCAAGAGAUCGCUGCCUCAACUGGAAGAGCAGAUAGAAAAGAAACUCAGGCAGACUCAGGCAGAUCUCGACAAAUAUGGCAACGGACCCCCACCUGACGCAACUGAGAGACUCGGUUUCCUCAUUGAUAGAGUGACAGCAUUUACAUAUGAUGCUAUCAGCCUCGCCGCAGGGGAGGAACUCAAAUUUGGAGGCAGGCCUAAUAUCUUUGCCAUACUCCGAAAAGAGUUUGCAGUAUGGAAAGAGGUCAUAGAGCGCUCUGGAACAACAUUCAACUGGAAUAUUGAGAGAGAGGUGGCUCAGUAUGAACGAAAGUACCGUGGAAGAGAACUGCCGGGGUUCAUCAACUACAAGACCUUUGAGGGCAUGGUCAAGGAGCAGAUCAAACAGCUGGAAGGGCCUGCUGUCCUGAAACUCAAGGAAGUGGCAGAAAUUGUGAAGAAAGAGUUGUUUGAGUUGGCACAGAGCAGCCUUGUUGGACUUCCUAACCUCAUCAAAACAGCUCAGAUGAAGAUUGAAGCCAUCAGAAAGGAGAGGGAGACUACAGCCGAGUCCAUGCUGAGGACUCAGUUUAAGAUGGAGUUGAUUGUUUACACUCAGGACAGCACAUACAGCAAGAAGUUAGGGAAGCGGAAGAGGGAAGAUGAUGUGACGGUCUUCAAUGGUAUAGCAGUGAAGACAAGCACCAGCAGCACUGACAGUGGGGCCACCCUGAAGGAGAUGAUUAAACACCUGAAAUCCUAUUACCAAAUUGCUGGCCAGCGUCUGGCUGACCAGAUCCCCCUGGUGAUCCGCUACCAGAUGUUGCAGGAGUCUGCCAUCCAGCUGCAGAGGGAGAUGCUGCAGAUGCUUCAGGACAAGGAGAAAACCGAGGCCCUGCUUCAAGAGGACUCUGGCAUAAAAACCAAGAGAAUCAACCUUCAGAAUCGCCUCAAGCGCCUGUCAAAGGCACGCAUGCUGUUGACUGACUUCAGUAUGAACAUAUACAACUUCAACACAACUCAUUGCAAUCCUUGAAACCAGAUUGCUAAUAGAAGAAGUUGCUGAAUUAUCACAUUCUUAAAAAAAAAGUUCCUUUGCAGAUUUUUUUUUCAUGUUUUUGACAUUAGUAAUUCAUUUUAUUAAGUAAACUAAAAUGUUUCAUAAAUGAUUCCAGACUGUUACACCAUAUUCUCACUUUUCCAUUCAAUGUUAUUGUUUCCUGAAUGGCAUGCCACAUACAUACAUAAGGUCCAAAACAGAGAGAGAGAGAGAGAGAGAGAGAGAGAGAGAGAGAGAGAGAGAGAGAGAAAAAAAAUAUGUAUGUUUGUUAUUGUGGGGUUUUUUUUGUAGGGUUUUCUCAUUAUGGGUUUUCUUGAGUAGUAGCUCCAUUUUUGGCUUUCUUGAACUAACAUCCUGCAUGAAACCACAAAAGGUGCCUCUCAAUCAGUCUGUCACAGACAUGUUUGCACCGAGUACACCAUUUACGUAUUCAGCUUCACCGACCGUGUUGUCCAUUGACGACCAUUGACGUGUCCUAGUGAGCCAUCAUGCCAAGAGGGUUCAACAUGCGGGAUUUACGUACUCUUUUAAAGUAUUUCCCCACAAUAACUUUAUUUAACAUGAUUUAACAACAGAGAAUAGCAUUAACGUAAUAUUAGGUAAUAGCCCGACGGCCAAUCCCAAACACAUACUAUAUAUUAUUCAUUGGAGUGUGUGAGUUGUGAAAGAAACACUUAGCGAAGUUAGCUAAUAAAGUUAAACGGUAGUGCUGGAUGAUUAAUCGAAAAAUAAUCGAAACUGAAAUUCAGAGCCUUUAACCGACGUAAUUUUACCAAGUCGAUUAUUUCGGUCUUUUAAUCCUAUUAAUAUUUCCGUGCCGCCCACUGUGUGUUAAUGUACUUUCCCCUUAAAACAUAUUACGGCCGCCGCGUGUGUAGUCACGUGACUCCGCCGGUUUACAUUAAAACUUAAUUAACUUUUUUAUUUUUAUUUCAUUGUAAAAUCUACAGUUGUAGAUUUAAGUUCAGUUGUUUGAAAUAUUUAAUAAGCAUUAAUUGCUAUCUGUGUGUUUUUUCCUUAUUUUAGAAUCACAAAGAUAGGAUUAUACACUCUUUCAUUAGAAAAAAUAACCCUGAACAUAUUUACAGUAGCCUAUAAGAAAAGAUUUUUUUUUUUUUAAUAAUCGUUCAAUAAUCGUAGUCAAGGUAACUUCUUCGAUUAAUUGUGAUUAUGAUUUUAGCCAAAAUCUUCCAGCCCUAUUAAACAGGUUGAUUAGUUCAGUGUUAAUGAUGUCAGCUUUUAGCCCGUUGGACAUGUGAGUCCAAAACUGUAAAAACGUGUCAUAGAUUGUAAUGUAAACUUAACCUACUCAAAUAAAACUGAAAACAUA